ACCCGGAAGUGGAGGCAGGAGGGCGAGUGAGUGGAUUGAGUGGAGUGAGUGAGUAGGGGACUCCCUGGCGCGGAGCGACCUGCGGGCGCCCGGAGCGGGUGGCUCUGGGCGCCUUCAUCUCCACCGCCAGGUCUUCAGCAUGUGGUGACACUCCUCUGGCCCAACAGCCAUGGACCCCAGCAGCCUCUCUCCAGUGCAGCUCUGGUGCCCAAGGCCCUUUGGUACCUAUUCUCAGAAUCAGCCCCGCUCCGCGGCCCCCUCCUCUCGAAAGCCCCCACCUCCCCCUGCCUGCCCAGAGCCCGGGAGUGGUAGCAGCAUCGGCACCAGCGAUGGGCUGGCCAGAUCAGAGAACACGCCUCCAGUCCCCGCAGCCCCCGCAGCUCCCCUGCUUUCCACGGCCCCUGGUGAAGAGGGCCGGGUCCUGCUCGAUACCUGGUAUGUCAUCAAGCCAGGCAACACCAAGGAGAAGGUGGCUUUUUUUGUGGCCCACCAGUGCGGUAGUGGUGCCAGUCGGGCCAGCGCCGGGAAGGUCAAGGGCCACUGGGGCAGUGACAGUUCCAAGGCCAAGCGGAGGCGCCGCUGCCUUGACUCCACCAAGCCCCGCCCCAGCCCCGGGAAGCCUCCUGAUGUCGUGGGAGAGGAGGACCAGCAGCUGCCUGCUCCUGGUGAGACAAUUGCCGGUGCCCCCGAGGACGUGGACCUGCUCUCCGUGGCCGAGAUGGUGGCCCUGGUGGAGCAGAGGGCGGCUCUGGCCCUGCAGAGCUACCCCCGCUCUGGGCCCCCCACUCCCGUUGUGUUCGUGUCAGCCGCCGAGCAGGGCGCCCGGGGCUCCGGUGGGGAGCGACGGCCAGGCGGCGACUGCAGUCGUGUGGCCGAGGCCGUGGCCCACUUUGAGGCCCAGCGAGAUGGGCCUCGCAAGGAGGAGAUGCACACAGGGGACGGGGGCCGCAGCGGAGGACCUGGCGAGGUGCGCAUCGCCUUUCGAAUCUCCAGCGGCCGUGAGCCCCGCUCUCCGGAAGGCAGCCAGCCAGGGGCGGGCUGCAGCGGCCGGCCAGGGUGCGCAUACGCCGGAGGGCCGGGCCCCAGUAGCCGGGCCCAGGACAAGAUCACCUGUGACUUGUACCAGCUCAUCAGCCCGUCCCGGGACGCCCUGCCCAGCAACGUGGACUUCCUGCUGGCCCGGGCGGAUGAGGCCGGCGAAGGGGAGGCCGCAGGAGCCACCCGCUCCGAGGGGCCUCCGGAAAGAGCUGCUGGGGAUAAGCCCCCGGCCCCGCCCCCGCCCCCCACGGGGGUCCGGGAGUGCGGGGGAGCUGGCGCUGCAGGCUUCCACGUGGACGUGGUGGUCACCGGUGUGGUGGAUGAGUGUGUUUUCUUCGGCAAGGACGGUGCAAAGACUGUGAAGGAGGAGACAGUGUGCCUGACGGUCAGCCCCGAGGAGCCCCCGCCCCCGGGCCAGCUCUUCCUGCUGCCAGCCCGCGGGGAGCCGGCGCCCGAGGCGCCGGCCGCCCCGGAGGCGCCGGCCGCCCCGACGCCGGAAGGCGGAGAGCCUGAGACGGCAGGCGGGGCCUCCGAUGCCUCCCUGUGCCGCCUCUACCACCACGUCUCGCAUGACUUCCUGGAGAUCCGCUUCAAGAUCCAGCGCCUACUCGAGCCUCGCCAGUACAUGCUGCUGCUGCCGGACCACGUCCUGGUGAAGAUCUUCGGCUACCUGCCCACCCGCGCCCUGGCCGCCCUCAAGUGCACUUGCCACUACUUCAAGUGCGUCAUCGAGACGUUCGGCGUGCAGGCCACGGACUCCCGCUGGAGCCGCCACCCGCUGUACCGGGACGACCCCUGCAAGCAGUGCCGCAAGUGCUACGAGAAGGGGGACGUGUCGCUGUGCCGCUGGCACCCCAAGCCCUACCACCACGACCUGCCGUACGGCCGCUCCUACUGGAUGUGCUGCCGGCGGCCCGACAAGGACACGCCGGGCUGCCGGCUGGGCCUGCACGACAACAACUGGGUGCUGCCCUGCCACACGCUGGCAGGCUCCCGGCCCGGCCGCGAGGACGCCAGGUGAAGGGGGGGGAGGGGGAGGGAGUGCCCGCCCCCCCCUCCCAGCCCCUCCGCCGAGCGGUAGCCGAUCAAACCGGGAACGAGGAGCCUGCCAGAGACACCCCCUUUGAUCGGCUUUGUCACUUAAGCCCUGUGGACAGUCUGCUCUCCCUAAGGUGUUUUGGGCCCGGGAAUGGAGAAGGCAUCUCAGUAAUAUGUGGUCUUCAUCUCAGCCCCCUCUCCUCCUCUCCUCCUCUGAUCUGGCCUCACCAGGUGGGGAUGGUGCUGGGGUAUGAGCCAGGGCCCUGUCCCCUUUCAGUCUCUCCCCACAAGGGCCCUGCCAGCAGAGAGUAGACUGAGGCCUUGUCCAACACCCCGACAUAUCCCCAUCUGUCCAUCUCCUCCAGUCCUCACCGUCAUUUCUCUUGAAUCCCCAGUGCCCCCUCCCCUAGACUGCUUGUUACCUUCACUGUCCCUCCUGUCCACGCUCCUGGACAGUCUCCAGACCUCUAGUUCCUUCUCUCUACCCCCCUCCCCCAUUCCCCCUUCAUGUUUCUCUCCAGUCUCUGGAAGAGACAUUAGCAGCAUCUUCUCCCAAAUCUGCCUCAUCCAUAAUCUCCCCUGCCUCUUCCUUGGAGUAGGGAGAAGGAAAAACAUUUUUUUUUAAAGAUUUGAAUCCAUUUGCUUCUCACCCCACAAUUUAAAGCAACCCCCAAUCCCAAAGCUGUGAAUCCUUUCUGAGAGUGGUGGGAACCUGGCUUGGAAUUUCUGGGUUUCCCACUUCAACUCAGAGCAAACUCUGGGGGGCUCUGGUGCUCUCUUUGCAGGGCUAGGCUCACCUCCACUUGGCUCCCAGAAGAAAAACAGACUCCUGGGUUUCUUGGGGAAGCUGGGAAUCCAAUCUGGGACAGUCUAAUUUUGUUUUUGUUUAUUUGUUUUGUGGUGGGUUUUUUGUUUGUUUUUACAUCUUUGUGGUUCUGAAUGCUUCUAAUGUGUGGCAGUCUGGCCGGUUUGGGAAUCGGCCCUUUCUAUAAAGCAGCUAUUUAUAA